UAAACGCGCGCAUGCGUACGGCGUCCACGAAGGUCUCGCUGCACGUGUUUCCAAAAAUGGCGGACGUAGAAAUAACACCGAAGAAGAAACACAAGAAAGAUAAGACCAAGACCGACGAGAGUGAACCAGGCUCCUCAAAGAAAUCCAAGAAGCGAAAGAGUGAGGGAGGCGAAAGUCAACCCGGGGAAAGUCAAGAGAAUGGAGAUUUUCAUCUGAAGCCAACAAAAGAGACAGGAGUUCUCGACACUUCUCAGUGGCCAUUAUUGCUCAAGAACUAUGACAAGCUGAAUAUCAGAACUGGACACUUCACCCCUCUACCUAAUGGCUGCUCUCCUCUCAAGAGGGAAAUCAAGGACUAUAUCUCGAGUGGAUUUAUCAAUCUUGAUAAACCUGCAAAUCCAUCUUCUCACGAGGUUGUAGCAUGGCUUCGUAGAAUCUUGCGUGUUGAGAAGACUGGGCAUAGCGGUACCUUGGAUCCUAAGGUCACUGGUUGUCUUAUCGUCUGUAUUGACAAAGCUACUAGGCUGGUUAAAUCCCAGCAAGGAGCAGGAAAAGAGUAUGUUUGCAUUGUACGACUCCAUAAUGCUAUUGAAGGCCAGGCUGAGCUAGCUAAGACUAUAGAGACCUUGACAGGAGCAUUGUUCCAAAGACCACCCCUCAUCUCUGCCGUCAAAAGGCAGCUUCGUAUCAGAACCAUCUAUGAGAGCAAGCUGCUGGAGUAUGAUGAUGAACGCCACUUGGGUGUGUUCUGGGUGAGCUGCGAAGCUGGCACCUACAUUCGGACAUUGUGUGUCCACAUUGGGCUGCUGAUGGGUAUUGGUGCGCACAUGCAAGAGCUGAGAAGAGUGCGGUCUGGAAUCCAGUCUGAAAAUGAUAAUAUGGCAACUAUGCAUGAUGUGUUAGACGCCCAGUGGGUCUAUGACAACUCUAAAGAUGAGACAUAUCUGAGAAGAUGUAUCAAACCGCUAGAAGCUCUCCUCACCUCCCACAAGAGACUUGUUGUCAAAGACAGUGCAGUAAAUGCCAUCUGCUAUGGGGCUAAGUUGAUGAUCCCCGGUCUACUCAGAUAUGAAUCAGGCAUCGAGAUUAAUGAACAGAUUGUCAUCAUGACAACUAAAGGGGAAGCUAUUGCACUAGGUAUUGCCCUGAUGACAACAGCUGUAAUGGCAGCCUGUGAUCACGGCAUUGUUGCUAAGAUCAAGAGGGUAAUCAUGGAGAGGGAUACGUACCCAAGGAAAUGGGGGCUUGGACCCAAGGCUCUCAAGAAAAAGAAACUAAUAUCUGAAGGCAAACUUGACAAGUUUGGCAAACCAAAUGAUAGCACUCCUCAAGACUGGAACAAAGAACACCCAGACUUAAGUACACCAAAGAAGCCAGCGCUCGUCGUAGAAAUUAAAAAGGAAGCAGAAGAGGAAGAGGAGAAAGAACCAAAAUCUGAAAAGAAAAAGCGUAAGCGCACCUCAGAUGAUGAAAGUGAAAAAGAGGAGACCACGCCAUCCAAGCUCAAAAAGUCAAAAAAGGACAAGAAAAAGGCUAAAGAAGCUACGGAGGAAGAUGACGGCGAAGAGAAGAAAGAAAAGAAAAAAAAGAAGAAAAAGAAGAAAGAGAAAAAAAAGACUGGCGAUGCGUCCGAUUCUUCCGAGUAGUUUAUUUUUUUUUUAAGUGUGCUUUUAGGAAUCAGCUUAAGUAUUUUUUAUCUACUUAUCUAUCUUGACUUUAGGGCGGCUGAUAAGAGAGAUGUGAUCUCAUUCUCGGGUUCCUAAAAGAUCGCGCUCAAACAUUCAUCGAAGAUUUGUCGAGGAUUCCUCGACGUUUGUCAGAAUAUUCGAGAAUGCUCGAGUAACACAAACAGCCAAUAAUCUCUCAUUUUAUAUCACCGAUCACGACCGCUAUGUUACGAAUGCAGAUUCCUAUCUGUUUGUAUGAUAGAUGUGCGUUACACUAUGUGUAAUAGAUGCUACAUUGGGUCUUACGUAUAUCAUGAAAUCCAACAAGUAUAUCUGACCAGAAUGUAUAACAGCUAGAAAUCCAAUGUGAUGAGAAAUAAAACGGAAUUGUCAA